AUGCAUUCACAGACUACAAAGGACGAGCGGUCCAAAGAUGACUCCUCAAACGAGAAGCAAGACGCUAUUGAACGCAGGAGACUUCAAAAUCGGCUAUCCCAGAGGAAUCAUCGCCGCAAGAUCCGGGACAGGAUCGCCAAACUUCAAGAACGUGUUAUUGCUAGCGAGCUCAGAGCCGUUGCAACGUUGAAUGGAUGGGACCAAGCGAGUCCUUCAGCUGCGUCCAUGAUGGAAUCCAAGCCGCAAGGUGACUUUGAUAGCAGCCCGUCGGCUUCUGCUUCGGAAGAUGCAGCAAUCUCGAAUCCCUCCCAACGGAACGUCUCCUCCAGUCUUUGUCGGUCGUGCUGUAGUCUACUCAACCAGAUGCCCAGUUCGUCCUCUCUGCCUUCUCCACCUUCACCUCUGCCGUUUGACCUCGGUCUCGCCAACGGGGUUGACUCCACCAACUCAUCACCCUCUACUCUCUUGAACUCUUCUCCCUCAUCGUCUCAGCCCAAUCCCUUCAGCCUAGACGCAUCUUUAAGCAUGACGGGGCUUCACACUCCGAAUGAAUUCAGCUUCCCGCCAUAUCCUGACCCUCCAGGCUCCCAACAAUAUCCACACUGCCCACACUACUAUGUAGCAACAGGUGAGGCCACUGUCCCAAUAUCAACGGACAACUGA